UCUCUCUAGCUGUUUUUUGCUGUUGCCCAAUAGAUAUUACCCUUUUUUCCUAUUCUCUCUCUCCAUUUUCGUUUUAUUUUUCAAUUAACAAAUCUAAUUCCCCUGUCUCUUUCCCCCAUUCUCUCUUCCUUAUGCUCUUCUUAUAUUGCUCAUAACUGACGCUCCUCCUCCUCCCCUUGUUCUCCCAACCACAAUCCUCUCUCUUCUUCUUCAGGCAAACAGAAAACUAAAAUUAGAAGAAGAUGAAUUGGGUUUGUGAAGAGAUGCAAACCGCCGCCACCGACCGCCGUGAGCGAAUUGUUUGUCCAAAACCCCGCCGUCUCGGUCUCAUCAAUGAUACUUGCAACGAUAACCCAUUUAGACACCGGUUUGAUUCAGAUGCUCUGGAUCUCCUCUUCUUAAAGGGUGGUUGUGGUUUGGAGAAUUUUAACAGUAGUAAUGCACAAUUAGCCUCGUCGCCACCGUAUUUUUGUGGAUCGCCGCCGAGUAGAGUAGCUAACCCAUUAAUCCAAGACGCUCGAUUUGGGGAUGAGAAGCCAAAGCUGCUGCCCCUCUUUUCGCCGGCGGCUUCUCCUCCUUUGUCUCCACCGCCGUCGGCCGGUCGGAAAGGUGGGUGUGUCCGGGUUAAUUUUGGUAAGAACCCGGCGGUGAGGAUCGAAGGGUUUGAUUGCCGCCUCGACAGAGAGAGGCGAAACCGUAGCAUCCCUGCUCUGGCUUAGAAACCCUAUCCAAGCCGAGCCGGUUGAGCAAUGAUGAUGAAGAAAACAAACACAUGGAUUUUAAUUUUUUUUCCCACAUUCAAAAUUUAAAUAUUAAAGUAAAAUUUUGAAAGAAAAGAAAAAACCUUUUUGACCAAAAGACCAUUAUUGUAAAUAACUUGAAAAGGAAAUCCAAGUAAAUAUUAUGUCAAAAGAAAAGAGGGCCUUGUUAGGUUUCUUUCUCUUCAUGUUUGAGACUCCUUAUUUGACCAUAUUGAAGAAUAAGAGGGAGAGGGAGAUAAUUCUUCUCUAUUUUGUAAUAUAUUUAAGUUUUUUUUUUCUUUAGUAGUGUCCAAGAUUGUUUCUUAGGGGCAAACAUUUUGUUGCAGCUUGAGAAUGAGAAAACAUGUACAAAUCGAAGCUGCAUAAAUUCAAUAUUAAUCAUGUAAAUUUUUAAAUGUUAUAUAUAUAUAUAUACACACUUUUCCCAAUCUUUUUUGGGAUAUUUUCUUUA